CUGCUCUGAUUUGUCAUAAUGGAGGGAAACCAGUGGAUGGUGUCUGCAUCUGUACUGAUGACUGGACUGGAGAGACGUGCGCAGUAGGAAAUUUCUGCCCAAGUCAGACGUUGGUAGGAUAUAAUUUCCCGCAAACACCCGUCGGCUGGUUUGCAUAUUCUGAGGAAAAAUGUGAGGAGGGAACAAGCAGUGCUGGCAAACCAAAGGCCUCCACCAGAUGCUCCAUCCAGAAUGGAGAACCGACUUUCAGCCGUCCAGAGAUCUUCAUCUGCGGCCUGACGCUCAGUGACUUAAAACAAAAUCUGAGCAGCCCAGCUGAUUUCGAGAGGCUGGCGGCCAGCGCUCAAAUCCUGACGUCCAAACCUGAAGAGCUGACGUCUGAAAAUGUGACAGCAGCAGCUCAGAUCGCCAACACGCUGCUUCUGUCUCCCAACGCCACAGAGAGCGUCAGGGUGGCAGCAGUAGCCACAGUCAGCCAGCUGCUGAACGCCAGCGUGUCGAGCAACACCGAGGAAAACAACACUACUUUGGGUCUGACGAGGACUCUGGGUGAGCUCUCUCUGAACCUCAGCUCCAACACCAACUCCUCUCAGUCUGAGGUGGUUCAGCCCAACCUGGUGGUCCAGUCGGCUCGGUUACCUGCGGAGAACACUCAGGGAGUCCAGUUCACGUCGCUCAAAGGAAUAUCUGGAAAUUUUGUUGCCGACCGAAUUAGACUGAACACCAACACGUCAUCAGUUGUGAUGGAGAACGGCGUCAUAGCCGAUGCCCUGAUACUCGUACGAUUUCCUCCAGAAGAUGUCAGUAGUCGCCAGAUGCCGACAAACGUCUCGCUCGGCUUCGUCCUCUACCAGAACGACCAUUUCUUCCGGUCGAGGGUCUACAGGAAGCGACAGACCUCCAUCAGGGUCCUAUCGGCCAGUGUCAGAGGUCAGGAGCGCAGCGUGGUACCACAACACAUCGAGAUGCAGUUCAGACCAACACUGAUGAACGGCACAUUGCUGCACGACUUCGCCUGCGUGUUUUGGAACUACAGUGAGGAGGACUGGAGCACCGCCGGCUGCUUCAAACAAAACACUUCAGGCGGCGUCCUGCGAUGCGUCUGCAACCACACCACCAACUUCGCUGCUCUCUGGUCUGUUAGAAAGGAACACAAGUAUGCAGAGCACCUCAGUGUGCUUUCCAUCGUUGGACUCUCCUUAUCUAUUUUCGGUUUGGUCGUAACGAUCAUUCAUCACGGUAGAGAGAUAAACGCUCAGAACAAGAACUCAAAGAUGGCUCUGCUCUGCAUCUGUAUCAGCCUGCUGGCCUUCAUCAUCACCUUCCUCUCUGGAGUCCAAAACUCCAACCGAAACGACACCGAGGAGGAACCCAACAUGGGAAAAAAUGAAGUCCCUGAGUCUGAUGAAUACGUGGAACCCGAUCGCGGCUCGUGCACGGCGUUGACGGCUCUCCUCCAUUUCUUCCUGCUCGCCACCUUCAUGUGGAACGCCAUUUACGGCACGCAGGUGAUGCUGCUGGUCAGGACGAUACGCCGCAACCUGCCGCCACACUGGACCUCCAUCAGCGCCGCUGCUGGAUGGGGAAUCCCAGCCGUUGUCAUGGCGAUCACGCUAGGAGCAACCUACAGGGUCAAACAUCCUCUGGGAUACAGACAGGAGGAAUUUUGCUGGCUUGCAGCUCUGAACGAGGACGACCAGUUUGACUUUGGGAAGCCGAUGUUUUGGGGGUUUCUGCUUCCGGUUUGUCUGAUCCUGAUCUACAACGUGGUCCUGCUGGUGCUCGUCUCUCUGACCACAUGCAGGACAGACCCCAGACUAAACAGCUCCAACCCUGUAUCUUUGAGGAAGAAGUUUCUCACCAGUUUGUCCCUGGCGGUGUUACUGGGUCUGUCCUGGACUCUGGGGUACCUGGUCCUCACCACAACAGGAGACGCAAAUCUGUUCUUCAGCAUUUUCUUCUGCAUCUGCACAACCACACAGGGGUUUCUGAUUUUCAUCCUGUUCACAGCCAGAACGAGGACUUUCAGAGACUACAUGUCAAAAUCUGCUCAGUUCGUCUCGUCUGUCAACAUACAGCUCCAAAACACAAAGUACGUCCUGUGGAAGGACUGGGGUAGGUCAACCGGCUCUGAGUCCUACAGAGACCGUAACACCUCCAGCAAAACUCUUUAGAGUGG